AUGGAUAACUUUGAAGAACUUAGGGGGAUUUUGUGCAUUGCUCAUGUUGAAGAGGAUGAUAUCUCUUCUCAUAAUUUAGAGCUGCUAGUUGGGAAGUUGGAGAAUCCUUUUGGUAUUCUGAACUUUGUUAGGGGUUUGAAAGAUGAAGGUAGCACUUUUUACAAAGAGGGUAAUAUGGGAUUAGCGCUUGCAAAAUACUCUCUUGCACUCAAGAUCUUAUCUUUUGUUAUGGUCUAUAAUGAUGAAGAUAAGUCAGUUUUUUCGAGCCUUGCUGUGUCUCUUAAUCUUAACUUAGGUGCUUGUUAUGUCAAAGAGAAAAACUUUGAUAAGGUGGGUAAGUUGUGUUCUGCAGUUUUGUGUUUUGAUACUACUAAUGUGAAAGCUUAUUUUAGAAGGGAGAUGGCAGCUGUAGAGCUCAAUAAACCCGACUUAGCUUUCAUGGAUCUUGCACAAGCGAUUAGGAUUGAUCCCAAUAACAAAGAGUUUCAAUACAAACUCAAGGAGGUGACAUCUUUAUUGGGUUGGUCUCCGAAUUUUGUUAAUGAGGCACUAGCAGUUACAAGAGAGGAUGAAAUGUUUAGAGAUUACGCUACUUUUGGGAAGGAAGAAGAAAAGAGAAAGUUAGGGAAAAGAAGGGAAGGAUAUGGUGGUGGAGAUGGUUGUGUUCGUAGGUGUAUUGAUGUACAAGAUGUCACCAAAAAGAAAAAGGAUGUUGUUGGCAAAUCUUUGAAUUCGGAAGAGGGUAAAUUCAACCCUAUCGAUCAAGAUCAAAGGCCCAACAUUAUUGAUAACAAUUCUGAUCUGAAGUCAACUUCAGAAACAAAAAAACCCAAAUCUUAUAGGGUCAAGUUAUCGGUAUUGUAA